AUGUCACUCAGAGCUAAGUCCCACAACGACCUGCAGACGGCUGGGAGGGCCUCGCUAGAUGACGGCCUGUACAAGUCUUUCUCCAUGAGCAGCAGUAACGUCACCAGAAACAGCCGGUUCGGGAACGGGACAGUGGAGGAGGUCAAAGGUCUCUCCAGACCGACCAGGAGGCCUGUACGGGUGGUGCGACCGGUCAGUGCCGUCAGCUCCAACGGCUCCUUCCUCCAGAUCAACCACCUGCAGGGAGAGCUGGUCAGAAAGAGGAAGGAAUGUGAAGAUCUGAGAAAAGAAAACAAGUACUUAACCAACGAGAUCCACAUGGAGCGGAUCGUGAUGCGCACAGAGAACGAGCUGACCAUGAGGAACCUCAGGAACCUGAACCAGGAGCUGCAGGCGCAAGUCAAAGAGCUGAAGCAGAGGGUGUAUCAGAGCCAGCAGAGGGCCACGCUGUGCUCACGAGCUGCAGAUGAGGCGGAGGAGUCCAGGGGGGAGGCGGAGAAGAGCCUGGCCCUGGCUGAGGCUCGGGCCCUCGGCUGUCAGCGGGACAAAGAGGCAGCGCAGGCCGACAGGAGCCGCCUGAGUGAAGAACUGCAGCAGCUUAAAAAAGAGCACACUGAUCUGCAGCUUUUACUGGCACAAACAGAAAAGAACUACUUUGAAACCAAGCUGAAGCUGGACCGAGUGUCUGGGGAGAAACAGGCCCUGCUGCAGGAGAACAGGAGCCUGGAGGAGGACAGAGACAACCUCCGACACAAGCUCAGACAGAUCACCGAGGAAAAUGUCCAAAUUAAACAGAGUGAGAUGAAUUCGAGGCGCAGAGCGAUGACGUCAGAGGAGGAGAGCAAAAAGGCCAACCAGGCCCAGCGGGAGGCCGAGGCCGAGAGGCGCCUGGCUGAGAAGGAGAGGCAGGAGAGGACGGCCGAGUGCCUGAGCUGGAGGGAGAGGCACCAGGAGUUAGCCGACAGAUUCAGAGCUCAGGAGGACCUGAAGGCUCUGAGGCAGAACAAGGCAUGUCAGGCCAACAUCAAGAGUUAUUUCCUCUGCAUGACAGAAAGUGAUCAGAGGGUUAAAAUUCUCAAAAAUCAAGACGGCACCCCAAGAAAUUUUACGGAAGGAGACCCUGUGUAUAUCUCCACCUCUGAGUCCAGUCCUGAAGAGCCUGAGAGGAGUUCAUCCAGGACCAUGUUCAGAGUCUCUGCCCCACACACGGGGAGGGAUCAGGGCCCGAGUCACUUUGAUGAGCUGCCUGCCUUCGGAGGAGAGCGACCUGACUCUGCCCCUCCACGCAGAAGCAGGAAGGUGGUGGAAUACUUCUGGAUCCCUACAGACCAGGAGUAGUCCACAGCUGCUGUUUUGUUGUAGCAGAGAAUGGUGAAACCGGCCCUGCUUCAUCGUCACAGCAGGCAGAGGAGGGAGAUGACUGUUGUCGAGGAGUUGAGAUACCUGAACCUCCAGGCUCUGGUCCACCAUCCACACAUACAGCCUGAAUCAACUCCAGAGUUAUACAUUAGGACGUCUUCUCAGGUUUAAUACUGGGCUGAGAGCAAGUACUCAGUUUCUAUUUGGAGCCCAAAACAUAUUUUACUAUUGUCCACAUCACAAGUUUCUCUGUAUGUAUUGUCUAAAAGCUUCCAGCUCCAGUGUGCAGGAUUCAGGGGGAUAUACUGGCACAAGUCUGUUAUAACCGGAAAAUAAGAACCGUUGUUUCCAUUACCUCAUAAUGAGCUGUUUAUAUCUACAAAGGGAGCAGGUCCUUGUCUACGGAACUCACCAUGUUGCACCACUGUUUCUACAGUAGCCCAGAACGGACAAACCAAACACUGGCUCUAAAUAGGGACUUUACAGUUUUCACAUUGGCCACCGUAGUUCGCCGCUCCUCAGCCUUUUUUAUGAAGGGAAACUGCUUUAUUCAGUGUUUAGGCCCCUGUGAAGAUAAAAUAUAUUCUCAAAGCAUCUCAGACCUUAAAAGGGCUCCAUGCUGAAAUACUGUUAGGAGCAGAGAGGAAGACUUAAGAGGCUUAAGAGUUUCUAAAGCUGAGUAUAAAUGGUGCAAACACAGAGGUCAGAGAGAUAGUCUCCCAAUGUGGAAUGAGAGUGAAAUGUUGAACAGUUCAGAUCAAAUCCUGCAGGAAGUUUGCAGUCGAUCUUAUUAGGGACAUGUACACAUUUCCCGCCUGACACUGUAACACCAGAAAUUAAUGUGAUCACAACACGAAGACAUUUGGAAAUCUGGAAAAAUGAAACAAUGAUGAGUUGAGUCUGUCUCAACCCUCCACCAGCAGCGAUAAACAAUGACAAAACUUCCACAAUCAGUUCAUCUCAUUUCCACUGGGGGUCCACAUCUUGCAGGCUCACAAGAUCAUGACAACCAAUUACAUCUGUUAAAGAACAGGGUCGACCACACCUCCUCACUGAGGUCAAAGUUUCUGUCUCGUCCUCGCUCAGAGAACUUUCCUUUAAAGCUCCUGAGCUAAGGCUCCUUACUAAAAGAUUUAAGGCUAAGUUAGGAGCUCUCUGAGAGUGUUCUCAGAAUGUUUGUGAAUACAGCCCCUAGACGGUUUAUUUUGGAGAAGAGACGUCUGUGGAUAAUUUAUCUCCCUGUAAAAACCUGUACACUAACCAGGAGAUGUUUCAGCUGCAGUCCUUACAGCCAGAUGCGGCUAAAUCCCCCUAAAUCUGACACACUGUUUCUUUAAAAAUGUGCGGUGAAGAAAGAAGAAGAAGGUAAAUUAGAUUCAAGCCCUAAAAAAAACAAAAUGUUACCUCAAAUUUCUUGAGAUCUUCGACAGACAGCCGACACUGCAGGGGUGUGUGAGCUCACACAUCAGCAGGGUGAGAGUCUGAUCGUAGUCAUCUCAGACGUGAAGGUGUGUUACAGAGUGUGAGACAUUUUUGUAAAGUCAAACUGUAAAUAAAAGUGAAAAGUAGCUUUGGUGCUCAUGUACUGGACUUUAUUGACAUUAAAGCAAUAGAGGUGCACAAUAAUUUUGAAUACCUUACAAUAUGAUCCAAAUCCAUUGCCUUAUACAUAAACAUGGCUUGUCAGCACAGUUCUCAGGUAAAAGUCGAUGUUUCUUAUUUAGCGGUUAGACUUCUUUUAGCGAGGAGGAGGAGGAGGAGGGGGGUCGAUUACUUCCUAUCUUAUCUACUGACUUUGCCAAUUUAAGAAAAAAACAUUUAAAAAAUCCACUGGUUUCACUCUCCAUGUCGAGUGCUCAAAAUAAACGGGCCACGUUCAAACUGGUGCUCCAAAUUCUGGUCGAGAUGAAACUCUGAGCCCACAGGGAUGUUUUCUCGGGGAGGACGCUGAGCUGUCGAAUUAAUAAAAACGAGCUUCUCUUCCGUUCUUAAACAUUAAUACUUGUAAACCAUGUGAAGCGUCGUAGGAAAAGUCGGCUUCGAUAAAUUUUAUUGUGCAAUCAGGACUAAAUCAAAUACUUAAGCGUCUGUUGAGCUACAGGUUCUUCUUCUUAGAUUUCAUCAUCUCAGCACAAAAAAAACAAACAAAAGCCCAUCUAACUAAGAGGUAGAAACACAGGCAACUUUGAAACGUUACGGCGGCACACCAAUGAUUACAACUUCUUAAAAUAUUGUAACAUUUGGAGGAUCAUGAGUUUUGCAACCACUCAUGGAAUAAAAGAUGAGAAAGAGGGACAGAUGACAGGGGGGGGGGGGGGGGGGGGGGGGG